AUGCUCCCGCUGAUAGCCCUCGUCCUCACCCUCGCCGUCGGCGCCUCCGCCUCCCCCGCGUCCUCGCGCAGCGUCAACACUGGCUUCCCGUACGGCUCGCAGAAGAUCCGCGGCGUCAAUCUCGGCGGGUGGCUCGUCAUCGAGCCGUGGAUCACGCCCUCGCUCUUCGACAACACGGGCAACAACGGCAUCGUCGACGAGUGGACGUUUGCAGCGUACCAGGACCGCAACAAGGCCCAGGCCGCGCUCCAGCAGCACUGGGACACGUUCUACACCGAGGCCGACUUUGCGCAGAUUGCUGCCGCCGGGCUCAACCACGUCCGCAUCCCCGUACCCCACUACGGGUGGCAGCUCGCCCCGGGCGAGCCGUACAUCCAGGGCCAGGCGCCAUACCUCGACAAGGCCAUCGGCUGGGCGCGCAACCACGGCCUCAAGGUGCUCGUCGAGCUGCACACCGCCCCCGGCAGCCAGAACGGGUACGACAACUCUGGCCACCGGGGCGACGCGCGCUGGCACACCGACGCCAACAACCUGGCCAUUACAAAGCAGGUGCUCGGGCAGCUGUCUCUCAAGUACUCUGACCCCUCGUACUGGCAGGUCGUCACGGCCAUCGGCAUCCUCAACGAGCCGGCAGGUUACCUCUCGCCCAGCCUCCUCAGCACGACCCGCCAGUUCUACUACGACGCGUACGGCGCCACGCGCUACCCGUGGGCUCCGCAGGGCUCUGGCGCCAAGUCGGGUCUCGCCAUCAUCAUCUCGGACGCAUUCCAGCCCCUGUCCUACUGGAACGGCGCGUACCAGGAGCCCAACUUUGAGUCGAUGCUCCUCGACCACCACUACUACCAGAGCUUCACGCCCAGCAUGCUCCAGUGGUCGUUCCAGGACAAGCUCAAGGGCGUGUGCCAGGAGGCGAGCAGCCUCGCCUCGUCGCCGCUGUGGGCCGUCGUCGGCGAGUGGAGCCCCGCCGCGACCGACUGCGCAAAGUACCUCAACGGCCGUGGCAUCGGUUCGCGCUACGACGGCUCGUACCCCGGCUCGAGCUACAUCGGCUCGUGCCAGGGCCUCACGGGCAAGGCCAACACGCUCCGCGGCGACUUUAAGGAGUUUAUGCACCAGUUCUGGGACAUCCAGACCCAGGGCUUUGAAAACUACGGCCAGGGCUGGAUCAUGUGGACUUGGAAGGCCGAGUCGGCCGACGAGUGGUCGUACGCCGGCGGCCUGGCCGGCGGCUGGAUCCCCCAGGACCCGACGCAGCACAAGUACUCGUACUCAAGUGUCUGCAACUAG